AUGAUAGCAGUUAUCCCGAUUAGCUACACAUUACAAUGCGUGUUACCCAUUAACUACUUUGUCGAGAAAGUUUACGUAUUCCUCUGGUUCUGGUUCGUUAUCCUCACCUGUGUGACCAUACUGAGCACAAUCCAUUGGGCUUUCAACACUCUCCUUCCCGUACGACGUGUGGCCUAUAUCAAACAGUACAUACGCGCGAUACGGCAACUGUCAAACACCGAGGAACGUGAUUGUACACGCUUUGUGAAUAAUAAUCUUGGUCCGGAUGGUGUGUUAAUAUUGCAAGUCGUAUCCCGCGUGUCCAGUGACUUAAUAGCACUGGAUGUCACGGCCACAUUGUGGAGCAAUUAUCGACAUGCCAAGAUUACUGGAACCGAGGAGGACAUCAAUCGGUUCUUGGAAAAUGUAAAUCGCGGUACUAGUGCUGUAUAG